CGUAAACGCUCUGACAGAGACCGUUCCGUCGCCAGCGUUAACGACACAACUUUAAUAUUUAUCGCGCAUGGCGAGCAAUUACCUCAACCCCCCGGGCGAAGAAUGGGAACGUUAUACAGCGUUCACAGUGCAGACAGCGCAGUUAUGAGGUUAUGUAGGUUGUAUAGUCGUGGUGUUAAGAAACACCUUAUUUAAAGGGUAUCGGUUUUAAACCUCGUCUCUGAUUUUAACUGACUGAAAAAGGACAACUUUGAGACAUCAGCGGAAAAAUACAGAUGGGCCUGUCCCUCUUUCUGUGUGAGUAGUGUUAUGUGAAGCCAGGUGUCACCCCACCGUGCAGGUGGUGGGAAGGAGAAAUGUUGCGCUCCAUUGCCAUGACAACAGGACUUGUCUUUGUAACCUGGCUCCUACUGGCAAGAACAUGGGGCAGCCCCAUUGUGCCAGUGCCCAGGACAGGUGAGAGGGAGCGUCUGGAGUCAGCCCACCCCAAACAGGGCAUACUGAAACCCAGUGCCCAGCAGCGCCUGGAGGAGAUCAAUAAUCUUGGUCUGGAAGGGGUGAAGGAAGGCAACAGAACCAGCAGCAGCAGAGCAAGACCUGUGUGGAGUUCCCUGAGGCAAGGCUUCAAACCUCAGGCAAAGACAAUGGAGGUCUGGGAUGAGCAGGACUCAGUGAGGGAGGGUGAUGACGGACCCACGGAAGAGGCCAAUGCCUCACGUGAGGCCAUUGAUGAGUAUGCAUAUCCUGACUACAGGGGCAAGGGCUGCAUGGAUGAGACGGGGUUUAUGUUUGCGAUUGGAGAGAAGUUCACCCCGGGACCCUCCACAUGCCCAUGCCUGUGCACAGAUGAGGGACCCAUGUGUGACCAGCCUGAGUGUCCAAAGGUCCACCCUCGCUGCCUGCGCAUAGACACCAGCCAGUGCUGUCCUCAGUGCAAGGAGAAGAAGAACUACUGUGAAUUUCGAGGAAAGACCUAUGCUUCACUAGAAGAGUUUAAGGUGUCUCCGUGUGAGAAGUGUCGGUGUGAGCCCAGUGGGGAGGUCCAGUGUUCCGUCUCGGCUUGUCCACAGACAGAAUGUGUGGAUCCAGAAUAUGAGCCUGACCAGUGCUGCCCAGUGUGCAAGAGCGGGCCGAACUGUUACGCGGACAUGGCCGUGAUCCCAGCAGGCCGUGAGGUGAAGAUUGAUGACUGUACCAUCUGCUACUGCACCUACGAGGAAGGCACCUGGCGCAUCGAACGGCAGGCCACCUGCAGCAGGAACGAGUGCCAGCCCAGCUAAGGCAGCCAGAACUUACAGCAGCCCCCAGCCUUCACCUAGACAGCUGUCAGUGAGGAUGGCCCAGCCCAACAGGGCCCUGAAACAGCCCAGCACAGCAGCUCCAAGCCUGGUGCAGGCUUCCAGCACGCCAGCAUUAUAGUGGGGUUACGUCUGUUGUGAGCUGGUUGUGACAGCUCGUGACAAUAUGACCUCAGACUGUCAAAGAGCAUGUAGCACAGGCAAUUAUUUAGCCUUGGGAUGGAGGCCAGGGUGCAUAAUGCUACAUUCCUCAUGCUGUGCCAUGAAAAGUGCCAUGUUUAUGAUAGUGCUAGAUACAUAUGUUUUAGUUCAAGGGGCAUGGGGAUAGAUAGCUAUAUUACUACAUGAAAUUUCUAUUGAGAUUUAUAAGAAGUAAUAAAGGAUAUUUAUUUAUGUAUGUAUUGCUAAACUCUACAAAGCCAAGAGGUGAAUAUCUGAUUUACAGUUAAAUAUUUUUUAUAGUAACUGUAUUUUGAUAUGCGGUCAUGAAUCUUACAGGGUCAGACUCAUUAGAAUGUAUGUAGAGUAAGCAGCUGUCACUGUGGAUGAAGGCAAAGCACUGUCAGACAUCAGGAAGACAAGCUGUACUCAACAGUCACUCACAAUGUCAGACACACUUCAGUAUGUUCCACGGCUCAGUUAAUGUGUGGACCAUUUAGGCAAAUCAGAGGGGAAAAAAGCAGCUUACGGAUGUUUGUAUCUUAGUUUUUUGUUGUGCUCGAAACUCAAGUGAAUUUUAAAAAGAAUUGUUACUGUAUUCGUGUUUACAUGUUUCAAAUAAAACAAGUUACACUGCACCCUAAAGCUUUAGAUACUGCUCUUAAACACCGAUUAAGAUUAGGAAGUCUUUAUUGUCAUCA